GAGAAUCUCUCCAGAUGUCUUCCAGUAAUGACCAGGUUUUUAUCACAAUGUCACAAAGAAACACCAAUGGCCUUCCUGGAAUGACCUCCAGUGACAUGAAGACAAUUACUGACGGGGCUGUGUUAAGUUUUCAUAACAUCAGCUAUCAAGUAAAAGUGAAGAGUGGCUUUCUCUGUGGUCGGAAAACAGUUCAGAAAGAAAUACUAUCAAAUAUCAAUGGGAUCAUGAAGCCUGGGCUCAAUGCCAUUCUGGGACCCACAGGUGGAGGCAAAUCUUCGUUGUUAGAUGUCUUAGCUGCAAGGAAAGAUCCACAUGGAUUGUCUGGAGAUGUCUUGAUAAAUGGAGCACCUCGACCUGCCAAUUUCAAAUGUAAUUCAGGUUAUGUAGUACAAGAUGAUGUCGUGAUGGGAACUCUAACAGUGAGAGAAAAUUUACAGUUCUCAGCAGCUCUUCGGCUUCCAACAACAAUGACGAAUGAUGAAAAAAAUGAACGAAUUAACCUGGUCAUUAAGGAGUUAGGUCUGGAUGCAGUGGCAGAUUCCAAGGUAAUGUGAAAAAAAAACCUAAUAGAAUCAUAUCCAGAAAAAAGGGACCUCCAGACCUCUUCUGUGUGGAUAUCAUGACCUUGAACAGAAGUUUUCCAUAACAUAUAUGAAGAAAGUGAGUGCUCUUGGUAAAGAGAAAACUGAACAGUUUCUUUAUAGAAAGGGGGAAGUUCAGCGGAGACACUGAACGAUG